UCUCUCUCUCUCUCUGCGGAUGGGCGUCUUUCUCCAGGGCUGGAGGCGGCUCAGCAUGGCUGCUCUAGGCGCGCCCACUGUCCCGCUCUCCAAUGGCUUAAGCAUCCCCGCCUUGGGGCUGGGGACCUCACAUCAUGGUGGCUACUGUCAUGAUGCUGUGGUGUACGCACUUCAAAAAUGUGGCAUCCGUCAUAUUGACACGGCAAAGAGGUAUGGCUGCGAAUCACUCCUACAGAAGGCUAUCCAGGAGAGUGGGGUCAAGCGGGAAGAUCUCUGGUUAACCACCAAACUCUGGCUUAGUGACUACGGCUAUGAGAGCACUAAACAAGCCUGCUUGGAGUCUUGCAAGAGACUUGGUGUGGAAUAUCUAGAUCUUUAUUUGGUGCAUUGGCCUGAUGCCCAUUUCCCUGGGAAAAGCAGCAGAGACAUCAGAGCAGAGACCUGGCGAGCCAUGGAGGAGCUCUAUGAGACAGGUUUAUGCCAAUCUAUUGGAGUAAGUAACUUUCUCAUUGAUCAUUUGGAGGAGCUAAAAGAAGACUGUCAAAUAACCCCACAUGUAAAUCAGGUUGAAUAUCAUCCUUUUCAAAGGCCUCAGGAAUUAGUGAAUUACUGCCGAAGAAGGAAUAUUGUUUUUGAAGGCUACUGCCCACUAGCUAAAGGUGAAGCUCUUAGUCAUCCCAACAUAAUUCAACUUGCAAAGAAAUAUGCCAGAACUCCUGCACAAAUUUGUAUCCGCUGGAGUAUACAGAAUGGCAUUGUAACUAUACCAAAGUCCACAAAACCAGAGAGGAUCCAGGAAAACUGCCAGGUUUUUGACUUUAGCCUUGAAGAAGAAGAUAUGGAAUAUUUAGACUCCAUGAACAUCAACAAAAAAAUGAUUCACCUGACUUAUCCACUGUGGAAGGGAUGAUCUUGAACAGAAUCACUGCAGAUGUCCAGGAUUCAAAAUAGGAUGAUCUCUAUCCUAAGCAUGUCUCCAGUGUUUUUAUUAUUGUGCUCUAAGCUGCUGGAACUGACACCCCUCAUUGAUUAUUGCAUGCACAAGCCAAUGUUUCUCUGUUAACAAAUUAUUUCAGGCAAGCAAUUAUCCCUUUUACAGUAAAAUACAUGUUGGGAAAUUUUCAGCCUGAUCUGGGUAAAAAUGAAGACAGCCAAUGUCCUUUGUUGUUGGCCACGUGUGAGACAAAUCGAACUUGUGCAGGAUGAUCGUGAGGAUUGACUAGUGUGAUAAAUUUACGGUCAUGUCUGCACAUGAUUUAUACAUGAAAGUCAUUAAAUAAGUUUCUAAGCAAGUGCUAUUGUACCUCAUUGGAAUCCAUGUUUAAUGGCAAUAAAAAAUUGCUGCAUU